UCUCGGGGAGCGCAAGUGACAGUGAACAUGGUGCCGCCGCGUUCGGGACGCUUUCCACGGUCGUCGGCGGUGUGAAACACUUGGAAUCGGGUGCCGUGAAAGCCAAGAUGGUGGGUUCCUGAUCGGACGCUGGUUCGCCGCUGGUGCCGUGUGUUUUGGCGGCGUCGGCGCCCGAGAAGAAACCAUGGAUGUCGUCGGCGAAGACCAAGCGCUCCAGGCGGUCUUGGGCCGGACAGACUUCGGGGGCAUCGACAAUGAGGCGCUCGACUUCAGUCAGCUGGAGGAGUACAUCAACAACGACAGCAACAUCUACUUCCACGAGGACCUGGUGAACGCGGGCGACGCGUCCCCGACGCCCGGGAAGCGGCCGUGUUCGGCGGGGGGAACCCCGUCGCUGCCCCUCGGAGGCCCCACCAGGGACGUGGUCGGGACGUCGGUGGCGGCGCUCCUGCAGAGCGCGCUCUCGCAGGCCGAGUCCACUGCCGCCGCCGCCGCCGCUGCCGCGUCCACCGCUUCGGCCGUACCCGUUGCCAUCGGGAACGGCAGUCAGCAGCACCAGCUUCCGGAGAGUCCACCGGACAGUGGGUCUGAACCCCCGUUCUCGCCUUCCGGAGAUGAGUCCAAGCUGACGGGGCCGCCUGGCAUGCAGCAGUCGCCAGGUCAAAGGUCGGGUCAGCUGGCCAGCUACCUGGCCGCUGUGCAUCAGCAGCAACAGCAGCAGCAACCGCAGAGGCCACAGAGGGAUCCCGUGGUUUCACCAGCAGUCCAACUGCUGCCUGGCAACCCCACGGAAAACGAGCAGCUGCUCAAUGCCCUGCCGAGCAUGCUGGGAAGCUUGCCACCCCAGACAUCACCCAUGGCUCCUCUCUACAACAGGUUGUUCCUGCCAUCAACUCAUCUUCAGGAAUUGGACGAACUCAGUCAAGACGACUUCAUCUGCGACGACGUCAGCGAGUGUGGCGGUAGCUCGGCUCACAAGCGACGGAGACUGUCCGAUUCUGGCCAGGGACAGAUGCAGUCCAAUGGCCUCCUCCAAGUCAAGCAGGAGCCUAGCGGAUUGGGAGACGGGUCAUCCCUAUCCCUGGUGGACGAUGAUUGCAGCUACGACGCCGGAGGAAGCUCCACAGACUUUCUUGACUCGAGCCUACAGUGCAUUCGGUUCCAGCCUUUCCAGUCAAUGUCCUGGCAUACGUUGCACGACCGGACGUUACAGCCCCUGCCGCCCGUGGUGUUCCGAGCAGAUGCAGACAAGGGCUUCAACUUCAGCAAUGCCGACGAGGCAUUUGUUUGUCAGAAGAAGAACCACUUUCAAGUUACAGUGCAUGCGCAGGCCGUUGGCGAGCCGGCUUACGUGAAAGCUCCCGAAGGGCUGCGUAAGGUGGAUGCCUUCUACCUACACUUCUAUGGUGUCAAGGUAGAGUCACCAGCACAGACCAUCAAGGUGGAGCAAUCUCAGUCCGACCGAAGCAAAAAGCCUUUUUUUCCCCUGCCGGUGGACCUCAGCAACGGCCAGGUGGUGAAGCGGACGAUCGGGCGGCUGCACUUCAGCGAGACCACAUCAAACAACAUGCGAAAAAAGGGCAAGCCCAACCCGGACCAGCGCUACUUCUACCUGGUGGUCAGCCUCUGUGCACACUGCGCAGAGACCACGUACCCCAUUGCCUCGCAGGCCUCGGAGCGCAUCAUUGUGCGGGCUUCAAAUCCUGGUCAGUUUGAGAAUGAUAUGGAGCUGUCAUGGCAAAAAGGACAGACUCAAGACUCGGUGUUUCAUGCGGGUCGUGUCGGUAUCAACACGGAUAAGCCUGAUGAGCCACUGGUUGUUCAUGGAAAUGUCAAGCUGACUGGCCACAUUGUGCAGCCAUCUGACCAAAGGGCCAAAUCAGACGUCGUUGAGUUGGACACUAAAGAGCAGCUGAAGAAUGUGGCCAACAUGCGCAUUGUGCGCUACCGCUACAUCCCCGAGUUCGUGGACCAGGCAGGACUCUCGGAAGCUGUCGACACCGGAGUUUUAGCGCAGGAGGUCCAGCAGAUUUUACCGGACGCCGUUCGUGAGGGCGGCGACGUUCACUUCCCAAAUGGAGAGUGCAUCGAGAGCUUCUUGGUUGUCAACAAGGAGCGAAUUUUUAUGGAGAAUGUUGGAGCUGUCAAGGAGCUCUGCAAGGUGACUGACAACCUGGGAACUCGAAUCGAUGAGUUGGAACGCAUCAACCGCAAGCUCAGCAAGAUCAAGCGUUUCGACAGCAUCAAGUCGUGUUCAAGUAGCAACAGCACAGUAAUCAGCCGUGGCUCCUUCCCCUCAAGAAAAAGUGUGGUUGGAGGCAAGAAGCGGCCAGAGAAGCCGUUCUGCAGCAACAAGUUUGUCCAGGGAACCAUCAUCAUCCUCAUCCUGGUGAUGGCAUUCUGCCUCGUCGCCAUGGCAACGCUGUACAUCCUUGAGUGGCAGAGGAGAGCGGUUCCAGUCGCGGGACGUCACCCGACAUCAAUGGAAAACAGCAGUCACUCGGAGCCGGGUGCCAAGAGUCAUAAAAACACGGUGGACAAUACCACCAAGGACAAAGAGCCGACGGAUCCCAUAAAACCUCUCAGCAAUGACGAAUCAAAGUCUUCGAGCAUACCUCGGAAGGGGACGGACCGGAACUUUCCAGUACAGCCGUCGAGGCCAGCGGGACCGAACAAGGACUGGUCACAGAUGCCAUCCACUGCCAGACCGUUCGUCCUACCCACAGUGGUGCCCAUCUUAAAGCCGAAGGUGGUGGGAACGCCAGCAGACUGCUUGGAUGGAGUGCUAGGCACGUGCAGUGCCUUCUGCUGUCUGCCAGCUGUUCCUGUGUCUCAGGACAGCAAUGCCCAGAGGGUCAGUUCUUCUGGCACGUUUGCACGGACUUCAGCUGACACGAACAACAGUGCCACCAAUGCGUCCACCGUGUCCAAAGGCAAGCAGCCCUUAGACGACCAGCCGCUCCUAGACCAACUGAAUGACACCGGCCGUGGCGGAGUUGUUCUCGACGUCGAAGACAACAGCGCCCAGUGGGGGAAAGCCGUCGUUUCGGCUGCCCCAACCGAGGUGCCAGCUGACAGCUUGUCAUCUGCACCGACCGUGGCCGUGGCUCCUGUACAGGGGAUGCAGGCGAAGCAGAUGGUGCAUCGCGACAACAGUGCACCAGCGAUGGAUGCUUCGUCUCGUCGGCGUUCAAAGUCGAUGUAUAGCGUGAAGGGAGCGCAGCCUGUGCUUUCGAUGAAGCUCCUGGAGCUGAAUGCAAGCUUGGGCCAGGAGUACUGCAACACACUGCAGUGCGUCCAUGGCACAGGCCCCUCGUUCAGCUACCUGGUUCCUCUGUCGCGCUACAUGCCCCUUCAGUACGUCACCCUGCAGUUCAGCCUGGUUGGGGUACACAAGAUGGUGAGCUGCAGUCCCCCCGAGAAGCAGCUCUCCUGCCCCGCCCCGCUGCCGGGCCUGGAAGCACCGCCCCUGGCAUCUUCCCCUCUGCAGGAACAAACCCACUGGUCCGAGGAGGUGAACCCGUCUUGGAGGGUUCCCAUCGGCCUGUUUCUGCAAAGCAGCUACAACUUCCGCAUCAUGAAACAAGGCGAAGACAUCGAUCAGCCGUGCAGCCUACCACGAGCCAAGGCCGGUGAAGUGUUUUGGGAGUACAUAGUCACCUUCCACAGGCACUGCGAAAAGUGAAUGCAACGACACUCCAUCGCAGAGCUGGGACAACCGUAUGCUGCAACCUCGUUCGCCGCGCAAUCGAGCGAGCGCAACCAACGUGCUGUCCCUCUGGCAAAACAUUGAAGCAGUGUUACGUGGCCACGCACAACCCAUCGUUCCGGGACCUUGCAAGUUUCGCGCAAGAGAGGCGCCGCACAUGUUCCCGGGCAUCAUCCGCGCAGCCGUGUAAAUAGACGAACUCCGAGAGACAAUGGUGACGUGCGUGCAUUCCGUCCAGACGUUUCGGUGCGAGAACUUGCGUCGCAGUAAGUAGCCACCAACGACGUUCGGGCAGAGACGGAGAGCGGUAUUUAUUGUCGCAGAGACCGCGGCGUCUUGCGGGGUGGAUGAUUGGGGACACGGGUCAGUUUGUGAGUGUCCAGUUAGGUGCCAAAACACCACCCACCGAGGAAUUGUUUACCAUAUUUUAUGGUGCAUCUGAUAUGCCCCCCACCCCCCCAUUGACGUGGAAUUUAAGAAAACAAUACUCACGUGUCGUACAGCCGGUGUGGAACACUGAUCUGAACGGAGUAAUGAGAACUUUCCUGUGAACAAUUUUUCUGUGAGUUUGCUGCAACAGCAGAGUGUAGAUAGGUUUGCCGACGCUCAACCGAGGGCCUUUAUUCACUAUAAGUCAUUUAAGGUUAUACUCUGCAUUCCCCAAAGCCGACAGUGCAAUGGAAGCCAAGCCUCUCCUUCACGACGUGAUCACACCCACCCCCCCAUACACCCACGCAGAAAGCGUGAUCACAUGAUGAAAGAUGGACGUACGAGUGGUCCUGCAAGUACACAGUUUCCACUGCACUGUCAGCUGAGGGGCGAAACGGAGUAUAGUUCAUUCUCCUCUGGAAAGAAAGUUCCCCCCUUAGCAACAACGGUAUAUUUUUUUUCUUCAAAUGACGAACAUCGAAUAAGACACCAAUGGGCCUUUAAAAUUACCCCACAUUGGGCUCGUCUGUUCAGAGAUGUUCUUUGUUGAGUCGCACGCAAGCUAGGCAGCUCUAGCAAUGAGAUUACAGCUCGUGUCCCUCCUUGUCUGCCUCGCAACACGGUCGCGCGUCCCGGGCCAGCAAAAAGUCGUCGUAGACAACAAGCCCGAUCUCGUCUGUCAUCAGCCAUCUUUCCUGGAGCACAGCAUUGCGAUCGGGCUUCGCAGGCGCCAGCGAAGAGCACAAACGCAUUGUCCUCCCAACUUUCUUUUCGGGUGCCGUGUCGAUGGUUUUCUUUUUUGAAAAGCUCCCUGGGGAGCAUUUUGUCACGAAUUAUCUUCCGUCCUCGCACCUCAAACAGGCUGCGAUUCAAAUGCGUACGAUACGAGACGUGAAAGCUCAACAUAUGGGACGUGGCAACGUGUGUUGUUGAUGUACUUCUAUGUGCAAAAAAAAGAAAACCUCUUUUUAUCCCGUU